GUCUUUCUUGCCUCCCUGUUUCCAUGACAACUCCAAGGGAGCCCAAACUGGGGGCUUGAAUGCUGGGGUGAGAGGAGGAGAGACGAGUGGGGGGGACGUCUGAAGUGCUUCCCCUCCCUCGCCUCUGUCCCUUUAAGCUGUCCCCCCUCCCUGCUCGCCCUCCGCCCCCCGCCGCUGUCUUCUCUUCAUCUCCUGCGCUGCUGCUGGCUGCGCAAUCUGUGCACCCAGACUCCGGCGCCUGCCGGGGACCCCAACUCCAGCUUAAGGACCCUGUCCCAGCAAGACCACAGGCAUGUCAUCGGAAAAGUCAGGCCUUCCGGACUCAGUCCCUCACACUUCUCCACCACCCUACAAUGCUCCCCAGCCGCCAGCCGAACCCCCUGCCCCGCCCCCACAGGCAGUCCCCUCCUCGCACCAUCACCACCACCACCACUACCACCAGUCUGGCACAGCCACCCUCCCGCGUUUAGGGGCUGGCGGCCUGGCUUCCACCGGGGCCACUGCUCAGCGCGGUCCCUCGUUCUCUGCCACUCUGCCGCGGCCCCCACACCACGCCCCUCCCGGCCCGGCCUCCGGGGCGCCCCCACCCGGCUGUGCUACCUUGCCCCGCAUGCCACCCGACCCUUACCUGCAGGAGACUCGCUUCGAGGGCCCACUGCCCCCGCCGCCGCCUGCUGCCGCCGCUCCGCCCCCGCCGGCGCCCUCUCACACUGCCCAGGCCCCGGGCUUCGUGGUGCCUACGCACACCGGGGCGGUAGGCACGCUGCCUCUGGGGGGCUACGUGGCCCCUGGCUACCCCUUGCAGCUGCAGCCUUGCACUGCCUACGUGCCGGUCUACCCGGUGAGCACGACCUAUGCUGGCGGGACCCCGGGGGGAACGGGAGUAACCUCCACGCUCCCCGCGCCGCCCCAGGGCCCAGGGCUAGCCCUGCUGGAGCCGAGGCGCCCGCCGCACGACUACAUGCCGAUCGCGGUGCUGACCACCAUCUGCUGCUUCUGGCCUACAGGCAUCAUCGCCAUCUUCAAGGCAGUGCAGGUGCGCACCGCCUUGGCCCGCGGAGACAUAGUGUCGGCCGAGAUUGCUUCACGCGAGGCCCGGAACUUUUCCUUCAUCUCCCUGGCGGUGGGCAUCGCAGCCAUGGUGCUUUGUACCAUCCUCACGGUAGUCAUCAUCAUUGCUGCGCAGCACCACGAGAACUACUGGGAUCCGUAAGGACGCCCCCGGCCCAUCCCCACCCUGCGCCCCUCGACCUCCCAAGAGCGUUCUGCAGUCACGCCGCAGAUUCAAUGGGCGCCCUGCACACCCGCCCCUGGAGCUAUCGGACUUCGAUACAUCCUAAACUCGGCUUCCACGGAACCUCUCGCCUUGCGAGCACGCUCCGAAUCCAGUUCCUCAGGAACCCCGCCAAACCCCACACCCCAAAGGACGCCGCUUCCCUGGAUCCCAGCCAAAUGCCGGGCCCCCAGUCUCUCCAGACCCCCAUCCCUUCUAAAUGCAGCGCCCCCAGCGGAGAUCCGUGGGUCUCUGCUUGGCAGCGUGGAGACUGGUCCCCCAAACCCCGCCUCCUCUAUAGGCUCCGCCCAGGCUUUGACAAACCCCGCCUCCAGGUCGGCAGGCUCCGCCUUCUUUUCUUCCUCGCGGGGUGAUUCAAUCCGGUGAUUGGGUUUGUGGCGCUAGGCUGCGCUCCCAGACCAACAGACUCCUCCCCUUCCCCCCGCUCGAGGACCGAGCCCCAGGGUAACCACGCCCCCAAGCUCACUCCAGUUUUUGCUUGUAGUUUCGCAUCUCCUACUCCCCGGUGUCCCCUGAUUUUCUUGCUAAUCCCAGAACCUCUAUUUUUUGUUUUUUGGAAUGAGAUUUGGGAGGUUCCCAGUUUAGGACCCUCUACCCUGGGAUGAAGGUUACGACCCCGUUCUCUGUAAAUACUUCUUUCCACCUCUCCCAAUCCCUGGGCAGCCAGGCAGUAGGGAACCCAGGGUUCUGACCUCCCAAUGUUGGGAGGAAGCCGCCCGCUCCCCGCUCUCCUGGACAUUCCCCACUUUGUUCUGAUCUGUGUGUGUGCGUGUGCAGUGUGUGUGUGUGUGUGUGUGUGUGUGUGUGUGUGUGAAUUUCUGAAAGACUAUAUUAAAGAGUCUAAGUGGAUUUAUUACCCACAAUUCGGAA